AUGCCUUCUAGUGUUAGAAAGGAAAGGAUGCCGCCAGAACAUCUUCGAAGAAUAAUAAGGACAUCAAAAGACAUGCAUCCUUCCUUCAUGGGAGCAAUGAGGUACAUGCCGUAUGCACUUCAUAAUCUUGUGAGGUCGAUGCCAAUGCCAUGGGAGUCGAUCAGAUAUGUGGAUGUUGUAUACCAUGUUUCUGGGCUGGUGACCUUUGUCACAGAGAAGAGGAGAGUAGAUGUAGAAGAGUACAAGAAUAGAUGGAGCCAUGCAAGUAUGUUGUUUUCUUCAGAGGAAAGAAAAAGAGGACUUGUACGUGUUCUGAGAUACCCUGUGUUUGAUGACGACGAACCAGUAGUGGACUAUGGAAGUAUAAUUGGCCUCCCUGUUCCAACUGCUAUUGGGAGUCAAGACAACAUAAAGUGGAAGGAAGACUUUAGAGAUGUGGACGAGGGAUAUCUGUUUAAUUGCAAAGCAUUCUUGAUAAGCAGGCAUGUAGGUGUGCAGCUUGAGAAUGGGCCUUAUGUUACUGAGAGGAGUGGAAAUGAUGUGAAUAUAAUGGAGAGGGAGCCUGGGCUCGAAAGGAUAGCUUAUCCUUAUCUUUACAACAGAAGUACAAGGGUACAAGUUUUGGAAAAAACUCAUUUGGAUGCUAUAAGUCCAUUUAGAAGGGAGAAGAGAGAGGAUGGCAGGAGAAAAAAGGAAAGACAUCCGGCCGACAUCCCAUUGCUGAAAGGGGAGUGCUUGAGAGAAAGGACGGACGAGGGUCCCAAGGUCCGAAACCUUCUCAGGAACUAUGCAAGGAUCACAGAGAAGAAGACAAAGAAGAGGCCUCCUAGCCACAUUCUUAAGAAGCUGAAAAAUACAAGAUAUUUCCAAAGGACAGAGAUAGACUGGGUUGAGGCGGGGCUCCAAUUGGUGUAUCAAGGGCACAGGAUGCUUAGCGAAGUGUUGAGAAGGAAGAAGCUUAGCUAUCUCAUUCUUGACUGGAACUUCAAUUUGAAGCCUAUUCGGCAACUGACGACAAAAGAAAGAAAGAAGUCCCGAGUCGGAACAUCUUAUCAUCUAACAAGAGAAAUGCUUAAGCUUGUGAAGCAUCUUGUGGAUAUCCACGUUCUGUUUAGACAAGGAAACAUUGACGGAUAUGAACUGAUGGCGAAUGUAGAUCAUGUGCUUAACAAUGUUGGGGUUCUGACAGGAAUAUACAGGUACAAGUAUAAGCUUAUGAAGCAGAUCAAGCAAUGCAAGUCAUGGAAGAGGCUUUCGGAUUACAUAGGAUUUAAAGGAUGGGGAGAGCAGUGGAGGACGUGGUGCUUUAUGUUCCGGGGACACAUUCCGUUGCUUGGAAGAUAUAUUUCUGGGCUGGUUACAAGGAUUGCGGAAGGAAGGGACUAUAAUCCAAAGCCUCUAUCGAAGCAACGAAGCGAGAGUGGAUAUGAUGUUGCACUAAAGAGGCAGAUUAUGGCCGAAGUUUCGUCUGUGCUCCAUCCGACACAAGUAAGGAGGCUUCUCCAGCAUUUUAGUGAAGCGUGGAGAUGUUGGAAGGCAAAUGUUCCCUACCAUAUUGUACAUGAGCACAUCAAGGAACUAGGAAUAAGAAGAAGUGCUUCUUUAUCUCUUGAGCAAGAGGGCCUGAAAGGAACUUCAGAGACUACGAUUGUAAACCUGGAGGCUAUCAGGCCUAUGGUUGAUACUCUCCAAGAGGGGGAGGGAAAUACAACGAUAUCUUCUAAGCAGAGUGUGGUUACAUUUUCAGAUAACUUUGUGUUGAAUAUACAGGAGCAGGGGAAAAUGGCAGGAGUCAAGCAUCAGAAGGAACUUUUUGAAUUGCAGGGGAUAAUAGACAGAUACGUUCGGCUGAGGUCUGGAUGGUAUAUUGAGAGUGCGAUUAACGGGGGAGAGAAGAGUAAAAAGGGAGAGAAGAAGCGUCUUGGAAAGAUUACAAGGCUAUAUAUGAAGGAACGGAUGGCUGAGCAAGCGGAGUAUUUGAGCCAGCCGUUUCUCAAAGCAGCAGAGGCUGUUGCUAUCUACAAGCUUUCUGCGGAAUACUUCAGGAGCAAAGGAACAGGGAAGAUAUUGUUUCCUGAGAAGAAUGAGGAGAAGUUCUUGAGCAUUGCAGUGGACAGGCUUAAGAAGAAUGCAACGGCCGAGGAAUGCGAGUUUUUCGACAAGGCGCUGGAGGACUCUGCCGACACCAUUUUCAAGAUAAAAAAGUCAUUGCUUACUCAAAGAUCGUUCAAAGAGGUUUCUGUUACUCUAAAGAGAUAUGGAAGCGGGGGAAUUGAAUACUACCAUGUAUCGUACAUGGAGAGGCUUGUGGAUGCAUUUCUUUGUGCAUACCUGUUCUACGAAUCCGAGAGGCUCAACAUCUUCCCUGAGUUUAUCAAGCCUGGAGACGAGAUGGACUUAAAGGCCCUGAUGGACUUAUGCGAGAAAAUUUCAUCAUUCAGUGGAGUAGAUGGGGAAAGAGUUGUACUUUACGAGGGAAAAUACUCGGGGAUUAUGAAGAUGAUAGAUAACAACCUCCUUUCGAAGCUGCUGAAGCUUGUUUUGGACCCUACUUUGGCGGAUUACAUCAUAAGCAGAAACAACUGCUUAGUUUUCUACAAGGAUAUGAGGUACACCAACCAUGUUGGGUUUAUCAAAGGAUUUCAGCUUUCUGCGUUUGUAUAUAAGUUUUAUUCGUUUAUCAUCGACCUGUGUGUUUUAGGAGAAGAUGUUUUCAUGGACGAGAAAAGUAGCAUAAAGCUGUACUUUAGGCAUAUGGACGAUGUCUACAUCCUUUUUAAACUAAAGAAAGAGGAAGAAAGCGCCUUACUCUCUGACUAUGGAAAGGGAACUGAAUGGUUUGAAGAUGUGAUGAAAGAUCGAAGAGGAAACUACUUCGAUGGGAUUUGUGGGAAUCUUUAUGAUGAAGAGACUGAGGAAUUUGAUAGUAGCAAUGGCAGGGAGAGACUGAAACUUUUAGAGAAGUGUGUUCAUGCCGAGGUUGCGACGAGACUAUUACCUUCUUUAGGGAGAAUCAGAUUCCGAGGAUGUAGUAUAUUCCCAGGUGUUAAGUUCUCGAUGGGGGGAAUUGAUGUGAUGAUUUCUUCAAAGAAGAUCCAUGAAAGAAGCUCAUGGAAGCUUGAGAAUGGGAUGUAUGCAAACUUGGCUGUGAGUGACAAGAGUGUAGAAAUGUUUGAAAGUAAUAUAAUGCAUAUUGUGAACACGAGUGGAUCUGCCACAUUUCUCAAGGUGGCAACAAGAUGGAAUACACAGAUUCUUUCGUUUACAAUGUACUACAGAGAGUGCAUCUGUGACACUCAGGGGCUGGAGGAGAGGCUUAGAAAAGCUGAAUGUAUGAUACAGAAUGUUGUGAAGAAAGGAAUAAACUCGAAGAUGCCGGUGAGGUUUCCACCUGUUAUGUUCUAUGCACCUAAGGAGAUGGGAGGACUAGGGAUGCUAAGUGCUGGAGGAGUCCGGCUUUUUCAGGAAGAUGUUUCGGACAUGGAGGAAGAGAAGCAUAAGACCAUUCCAGGGAUUCUGGACUAUACAUCCCGAUGGGACGAUGAGUUUUCUGAGUCAAGCAGAGUGUGGACGGAGUAUGGGAGGAGUGGAAAGAUAGAACCUGAAAAGGGGAUUCCACGAAUGAGUACUCUUCUUCAAAGAAGUAGAUGGCUACUGUAUGACAGGGGAUUUAGGAUUAUUAGCAUGUUUAAGAAAUAUUCAAGCAAUCCCGAAUGGUUUUGGUUUACAGAUGCAAGGCAUGAUGGGAAGCUAUGGAGUAUGGAGGGAUUCACAGCAGAUGUUUUAAAAGUCCUUGGAGGGCUUGAAGGGAUUGCAGACCACACGCUGUUUGGGGCGACGUAUUUCAGAAGCUUCAGCAAGGUGUUUUGGGAGGACAGUGUUGCUGGAGGGUAUAGACGUCUGACAAACGCCCAGAAGAUGGGGUUGAGCCAAGUUCCCAACAGAAGAUUCAUCUUGUGGUGGUCACCAACUAUCAACAGGGGAAAUGUAUAUGUUGGAUAUCAGGUUCAAUUGGACCAAACGGGAGUGUUUAUGCACGGAAAGCUACCGACGUUGAAGAUUUCGUUUGUUCAGAUAUUCCGAAACCAUCUGUGGAAGAGAAUCCAUGAGAGUGUUGUUAAGGACUUGUGUGAUAUGUUUAAGAAGUACUGUGAUACUAAGAGGCUGGAAGUACACGGGAAGAAAAGUUACAGGUUUGGAAGCAGCUGUGCAGACAUCCUUCUGUCGGGGGAUUUCUAUGUUCAGUCUCCUAUGUGUAUUUCUGAAGAGACGGAGGGAGAUGGAGAGAGAUGUGAUGGAUUGUGGAUUGAUGUUCAGCUGAGAUGGGGAGACUAUGACAAAAGGAAUUCCCGUAAAUAUGCAAGGGUAAGGUUUGCUGAGUGUGUUAGAGAUCCUCAGACUCGAUAUCCGGUCCAGAAUGGAUUUAUCAUAGUUCUCGAUCUUUGUUACAAUACAUGGAGUGCAUAUGGAAAUCUGAAUGGAGAGCUAAAUACUGUGAUAAGAGACUCGAUGGAGAAGAUCUUGAUGGAGAAUUCGAUGCUUCAUGUGCUUCGGGAGAGGCUUAGGAAGGCACUUCAGCUGUACACUUCCGAUGUUGAGGUGGUUAAUAACAGUGGGGAGAUGUUUAACUCCGGGCUUCUGGUUGACGUCAAGGCAUUGCUUAAGAAGGAAAAGAUGCUGUUUAUCUUUGAUCCUGGAAGUGGAAAUCUGUAUUUCAAAAGUUACUCUGGAGAGAGCAAAAAGAUCCGGCAGAUAAGGUUUCUUGCAGCCCAAGAUAUAUUUUUGAUGGGUGAGGAGCUUAAGAAGAGAAGUGUUGUUGUCUCUGAAGACAUGGUGGAUGCAAUGGAGAACUUUAGUAUAGACCACCCAUCUAUAUCGGUGAAAACAUGUCUAUCAAUACCACCAUUUUCUAAUUUGGUGAAACUCAAAGGGUUCGAAAAAGAAAAAUGUGUUCGAAGCAUUAAUCUAUAUGAGAAGUGGCGUGAAACAAGCAGGUUUACGAAUUUCUGCAGGCUUCUCCUUGUGGUGCACGGAAUGGAUGUUGAUGAAACAAGAGUCAAGGAUCUUGGAAUUAAUGAGAUAUGGCCUGAGAUAAGUGACUCUGAAUGGAUAAAAAAGGAGAUUGAGCUGAAGGAUCUCAUAGUUGAAAGUUACUGUACUAUUUAUGGAAUAGAGCCUUCUAGUUUGUCUCAGAAUGAGAUAAGAGACAUAGUGUUUGGGUUUAAAGCGGGUUUGGGACGAGAGGAAGAGGGAAAGGUUAUAGACACAGAGAUAAAGAAUAGUAAAAUGGUGUUCAACAGGCCAGGACAUGUGUCUUUUGGAGGUAGUGAUGGAUGGAGAAGCAGAUAUGUGAAACUGGACAGAAUGAGCAAAAGUGGGGAUCUUGAAAGAUGGAUUUUGGAGAUGCUGGAGAAAGGAAACUGUAAAACAGAAUUCUUAGACCAAGUUGAUGAAAGAAAAAUCCUGAAGAUUCCUUUGAACCUCGUCAGGAAGUUCAUGGAGAUAAUGGAUCCCCACGUCUUAGUCUUUGGAUUGGUGGUUGGGGGAGAUCCGAUCUCCUUUGGGCUUGUUCCUCAAUUUUCGUCAUUAUCUGUGAUUCACUCCUCGUUAUUUACUCCUGAGUCCAAUAUUGUUGGAGUGGUAAUGAAUGGAAACAACCUCCAAACUGUAGAUCUCCUGCAUGAAAGGUACAAAAUAAUUGACGGACUAGCCAUACUCAUCGAUGAUAGGAUAAAGGUGAUGAAAAAAGAGGAAUGUGGUUGGAAAGAGAUGGAAUUUGUGCUGACUGGAGACAUGGGGGUUUUUCUUAUUCCCGAGAUGUGGAACUACAACUUUGCAAGACCAUUCUACGAUGACAGCUUGAAAUACACAUGGAGAAUAGGGGCUCCUCAGGGAUUCUAUGAUGGAUCUUGCAGAGUUGGGCAUUUUUCGAAGUUCUGGAAAGACCGGGAUCGAGAGGAAGAGUGGGAAGAGAAUUAA